AUGCUCCUCGGCUCAGCGGUCGACAUCGUCCUCUCCUCGGUCGAGGAGCGGUACGAGCUCGGCGACAUGAUUGGAGUCGGCCACUUCUCGCAGGUGCACUGCGCACGGCCCGCCGGCAGCCUCGGAGAGCACUCGAUCGCACUCAAAGGGAUCGAGCAGUCCGUGCUGAACGACGACGAGGAGGCUCUCGCGAUGCUCGUCGGCGAGUGCCGCGCGCUGCGGCUCGCCUCCGAGUGCUCCGCCCUCCAGUCGCGGGUGGUCCGCCUGCGUGAGGUGCUCGGUACGCCCUCGAGUGUCUAUCUCGUCCUGGACCGUGUCGCCGGCGUCGAGCUCUUCACGCUCGUCGAGCGGCAUGGAGCGCUGCCCGAGCCGUUUGUCGCGCCGCUGAUGGCGCAGCUCUGCCACGCGCUCGCCGCGCUGCACUCGAUCGGCGUCGUUCACUGCGACGUCAAGCCAGAGAACCUCAUCAUCUCGCACUACCCGGCGGAGGGGCGGGAGGCGGACGGCGAGUCGUCUCUGCCGCCGCAGCUCACGCUGAUCGACUUUGGGUACGCGGCGACGCUCGCAGAGGGCGAGAGCUGCGAGGGGCUCGCUGGGUCGCCAGAGUACGCCGCGCCCGAGGUGCUCACCUGGCUCAGCCGCGACCGCCGCGGAGAGCCGUACGGCGGCCCCGCCGACGUCUGGUCGGCGGCGGUGACUGCGCACGUCCUGCUGACGGCCGAGCUGCCCUUCGAGCUGCCCGACGCGGAGGACGCAGACGAGGAGGCGCUCGCGGAGGCGGCACGCCUCACCUCCCUCUCCUUCGAGCAGCCGGAGUGGGCCCUCGCGGAGCAGGCGAGGGCGUGGGUCGCGGCCUGCAUGGCGCCCAGCCAGGCCGACCGACCGACCGCCUCGGAGGCGCGCGCGCUGCCCUGGCUGCAGAGGCACCCGGGCGACGUGACAGAGAGCGGCGGCGGCGAGGAGGGGCGGUUGAAACCUGCUCCGUGCACUCCGCCCCCGGUGGAGCUCAAUGCCUCAAUACCCGAUGGCUGUGACGAGGCCUGA